UAGGAUUCGAGUAACAUAGGGCAAAAUCUCCAUGACAGGAAAGUAGUUUUUGACAGAAAUAAUAGAAAAAUUAUUGAGAUUUGCACGACUUAUUAUCUCUUUCUUGGAUAGCACUAUAGCAGUGAAUCCUCUUGGGCAAUAUAUUCAAAGGAAUAUAUGCAUAUAUGGAAACUUUCAUAUUAUUAUCCGACUAGAUUUUAGCUUUUUGGUAGAAAAUUUACACGUAUAGUUUUCUUGCUGUGUAGAUAAAAUAUCUUUAAAAUAUCACAUACAGAGCAUGUCAGCAUUGGUGGUAAGAAAUUUACCAAAAAUACUUCUGAUGGUUUUCUUCGGACAAAGGACUCAUCAGCUAUAAAAUCUACAAUCUUUCAUCCUUGUUCAUACAUAUUUUUUUAGCCACUUAUAAUUUCAACUGUCUCUAUUAUUUCCCCCUUCUUCAGUCAAUAAAAAUGUCUGCUAAUCUUAAGGCUCGUUUAGAUGAAGCAUUAUCUACUCACCAAAAUGAGAUUCUCAUGUUCUUCUCGAGAGUUGAGACCCAUGGAAAAGCAAUCCUUCAGCGUCAGCAACUGCUUGCUGAAUUUGAAGAGCUGAAUCUUGCUGAUGGAUUUUUUGCUGAAGUUAUUAGGUCCACUCAGGAAGCAAUAGUUUUCCUUCCAUCAAUUGCUCUUGUUAUUCGUCAGAAUCUGGGUGUCUGGAACUACAUCUCUUUUGACAUCAAGAGUCGUGUGUUUAAGGAACUGACAACGGCAGAGUUUCUAAGACUCAAAGAGAUGGUGGUCGAUGAGAACUUGAAGGAAAAGUUUGUACUCGAACUGGAUUUCGAACCAUCCUGUGGAUCAUUAAAACUUCCCUCUCUUCCCCAGUCAAUUGGGAAUGGCGCUGAGUUCCUCAACUGCAACCUUUCUGCUAAGAUGUUCCAAGACGGAAAAGGCAUGGAUAAUCUUCUUGAUUUUCUCCGAGUUCAUCACUAUAAAGGGAAGUCUUUGAUGUUGAAUGACAAAAUUGAGGACCUGAAUGCUCUUAAGUCUGCAUUGCUUAACGCACAGGAAUAUCUACUCGCCCAACCUCCUUCUAUUCCAUACUCUGACUUUGAGCAGAAGCUCCAGGAGAUUGGAUUUGAGAGAGGAUGGGGUGACAAUGCUGAGCGUUCUUUGGGCAUGAUCAGCCUGCUUCUAGACCUUAUUAAUGCUCCUGAUCCAUCCAGUCUCGAGAAGUUUCUUAGCAGAAUCCCUUUGGUUUUCAACCUCGUAAUUCUAUCUCCUCAUGGUUACUUUGCCCAGGAAAACGUCUUAGGUUAUCCUGACACUGGUGGCCAGGUGGUAUAUAUCUUGGAUCAAGUUCGUGCAUUAGAGGCUGAAAUGAUACUACGCAUUAAGCAGCAAGGACUAGACAUAAUCCCACGAAUCCUUAUUAUCACUCGUCUGCUACCAAAUGUGGCUGGUACCACCUGUGGGCAGCGCCUUGAGAGGGUUUAUGGAACUCAGAACUCUGACAUCAUCCGUGUGCCAUUCAGAACCAAGAAAGGAAUGGUUAAGAAAUGGAUAUCAAGAUUUGAAGUAUGGCCUUACCUAGAGACAUUCACUGAGGAAGUGGCAAAUGAACUUUCCAAGGAGCUGCAAACCACGCCUGAUUUGAUAAUUGGAAACUACAGUGAUGGGAACAUGGUUGCCAUGCUUUUGGCAUAUAAACUAGGAGUUACUAUGUGCACGAUUGCUCAUGCUCUGGAGAAGACAAAGUAUCCAAAUUCAGACGUGUAUUGGAAGGAAUUCGAGGACAAGUACCACUUUUCCUGUCAGUUCACAGCUGAUCUUAUAGCCAUGAACUACACGGAUUUCAUCAUUACUAGUUCAUUUCAAGAAAUUGCUGGAAAUAAGAACAAAGUAGGACAGUAUGAGUCUCACAUGGCGUUCACUCUUCCUGGAUUGUUCCGAGUUGUCAAUGGAAUUAAUGUCUUUGAUCCCAAAUUCAACAUCGUCUCACCAGGAGCUGAUGUGUCAAUAUACUUUCCAUACACCGAAAAGGAGUUGAGAUUUACCCAACUACACCCUGGACUUGAAGAAAUGCUUUAUGGCUCUGUUGAGAACAAGGAAUACAUGGGUGUGCUCAAAGACCGAAACAAGCCAAUCAUAUUUUCUAUGGCAAGACUUGAUCGAGUGAAGAACAUCACAGGACUUGUUGAGUGGUAUGGAAAAAACAAGAGGCUUCAGGAAUUGGUUAACCUUGUAAUAGUGGCUGGAGACCGGAGUAAAGAGUCUCAGGACAAUGAGGAAAGGGAGGAGCUAAAGAAGAUGUAUGAACUCAUAGAAAAAUACAACUUGAAUGGGCAGUUUAGGUGGAUUUCUGUUCAGAUGAGCAGGAUGAAAAAUGGGGAACUUUAUAGGUACAUAGCAGAUACAAAGGGGGCGUUUGUUCAGCCUGCUCUCUACGAAGCCUUUGGGUUGACUGUCAUUGAAGCAAUGACCUCAGGAUUGCCAACUUUUGCUACUUGUAAUGGUGGUCCUGCCGAGAUUAUUACUCAUGGCAAGUCCGGGUUUCAUAUUGAUCCAUACCAAGGUGGUAAAGCAGCUGAACUAAUAGUUGAUUUCUUUGAGAAGUGCAAGGUUGAUCCUACCCAUUGGGAGCUUAUCUCAAAGGGUGGACUAGAACGAAUCCAGGAGAAAUAUACAUGGAAAAUUUACUCAAAGAAGCUGCUCACACUCGCUGGGGUUUAUGGCUUUUCGAAGUAUACUUCUAAGCCUGAUAAGAGCAAGGCUAAUCGCUACAUUGAGAUGUUGAUGGCCAUUGGGUAUAACAAGUUGGUGGAAUCAGUCCCUCUUGCUGCCGAGGAGUAAAUUGUAAAGGAUAUAACUUGUGGUGCACGUUGCUACGAGCCUUGUUCCUAUGAUUGAUUUCUAUAGUUUUGGUCUGAGUAUGUUCGUUCUUAAGUUUUGUAUGUCCUUUAACUUUCUGGAGAGUGUCAAGCAAAAAUUAUAAUAAAUUGAAAACUCAAUAUUUAAAUAAAAGGUAAAUUCUAAAUGAGCUCGCUCAUUUAUUGAUCUUAAUCAUGUUUAUGCCGGCUAUGAUAGAAUAUAGAUUGAUAGUUGGAUUAUAAAACUUAAAUUGUAGGAAGUAAUAAUUAGAAGUUGUAUUUCAACUUUUAAAUGUAAGCAUGAUUUAAAAGCUGGCGCUAUUACACGUGUCAGAAU